GCCUCCUCAAUGUGGGCCCCUGCCUCUAGACCCUGCCCUCCUCCUCACCUGCUGCUGGCUCUGCUGUUGGGACUCACAGGUGUGGCCGGUGAGGCAAGGCUGCAGGUGAUCCAGCCUGACAAGUCAGUGUCUGUCAAAGCUGGACAGACAGCCACUCUGCACUGUACCAUGACCUCCCUGCUCCCCUCUGGGCCCGUUCAGUGGUUCAGGGGGACAGGGCCAGGCCGGGAGUUAAUCUUCAGUUACAAAGGAGGCCACUUCCCCCGAGUAACAAAUGCUUCAGACACCACAAGGAGAAACAACAUGGACUUUUCCAUCCACAUCAGUAACAUCACCCCAGCAGACACUGGAACCUACUACUGUGUGAAGUUCCAGAAAGGGACCCCUGAUGUGGAGUUUAAGUCUGGACCAGGCACUCUGGUCACUGUGAGCGGUGUGGCUGGUGAGGCGAGGCUGCAGGUGAUCCAGCCUGACAAGUCAGUGUCUGUUGCAGCCGGACAGACAGCCACUCUGCGCUGCACCCUGACUUCCCUGCUCCCCACAGGGCCGGUUCAGUGGUUCAGGGGGACAGGGCCAGGUCGGGAGUUAAUCUUCAGUUUCAAAGGAGGCCUCUUCCCCCGAGUGACAGAGAUUUCUGACCGCACAAGGAGAAAUAACAUGGACUUUUCCAUCCACAUCAGUAACAUCACCCCAGCAGACACCGGAACCUACUACUGUGUGAAGUUCCAGAAAGGGACCCCUGAUGUGGAGUUUAAGUCUGGAUCAGGCACUCUGGUCACUGUGAGCGAGUCAAGGCCAUUUACUCCAAUCCUGAUAGCUGUCACCCUGGGUCCGAAGCUGUUGCUGCUCAUCACUGUCUCUGCCAUCUAUGUCCACAAGAAGCGAGGGCCUGAUUCAGGUGUCCCAAGAGUAAAAUAGCACCAAGAACAUAAGAGACACAUUGGGAACAUUUCUGGAAUGAUGAGCAAAUAAUCAACUGUGAACAUGGGUCCCACAGCUCCUCCCUUCCUCCCCUACUAUAUGCCACCCUCAGUCUCUGCUCCUUCCGUCCUUGAGGGGCCAAGCCAAAGACAAGGAACAACGAGAAGCUUCCCUAACUCUGCCCCCAAAUACCUUGCUUCCCCCUGAGACCUACCUGUCCACAGUCCCUCCUUCUCCUUCUCACAAUUCUUGAUACCCGCAGAGCUGGGUCUACAUACCAGGUCCUCAGCAGAGGCCAUGGGAAAUUUCUCUGGGCACCUAUGUACAGAUAUCUGCCUGAAUGUGAGAAAAGAGUCACAUCUACACUUACCAGGUGUCUCUCAUUCAUCUUCUGGGGACUGUGGCCAUGAACUACAUGCUCACGUCCAUGUUCUUGGGAGUUAUUUCUGCCAACUCCCAGACAUUCUAGCCUUGGUGAGGUUCUUCACUGGGUCUUAAAUAAAAUGAAUCUCAUCCUGGUUUGAAGAAGA